CUCUACCCCACCCCACCACCCCACUAAAGCUACCCCUCCAUUGUACCCUCUUUGCUCACUUCUACCAACCAUCUUUCCUUCACCUCUCCUCUCGCUCCACUUAUGAGAUCUAUCUUCAACGUUUCUUCCUUUAACCGUCUCACCACUCGAGCUUUCACCUCAACCACACGCGCAAUGGGUGUCCAGAAGACCAUCAUCCAAGAGGGCAACGGCCCAUCCCCUCAGAAGGGCGACACCGUUACCAUGGAGUACACGGGCUGGCUGAAGGACGCCAGCUCUGACAAGGGCAAGCAAUUUGACAGCACAACUGGCCGUGGUCCGUUCCAGACCCAGAUCGGUGUCGGCCGUGUCAUCAAAGGCUGGGAUGAGGGUGUUGUGCAAAUGAAGCUUGGCGAGAAGGCCAGGUUGGACAUCACCAGCGACUUUGCUUACGGAAAUCAGUCAUUCCCUGGUCUGAUCCCUCCCAACUCUGACCUUAUCUUCGAGGUCGAGCUUAAGAAGAUCAACUAAGUCGCGGAUAAAGGAUAAGGAUGAUGGGAGGCGAACGCGGCAGUCGUAUCCAGGCUGCAAGGAGAUGGCCUAUGGAGGAGUGGAAACUAUACUGUAAUCGAGAAUUGAAUCUUGAGAAGCAGGUUUGUCGCCGCGGCAUCAUGACUCCAUAUUCUUCUCCUCUCUCUCUACAAUCAAUCACCCUCCUUUUCAACGAACAAGUCAUUGUUUCGUCCCAUAUUUCAUCCCAUGCGUAGCUGUGUCCAAUACCUCCAAACACGCUUCUCUCUGAAGACUCAAUCUCUUCAACAAGCUUUGUGAUUUCUGUAAUGGUCUACUCAUCUAAACACCAUAUAGGAAUAAUGCGGUUUGGUAAGGAUUGAUUGCUUGUUUCGCC